GGUGAGAUUCCUGCGAGUCAGCCUGAUCCACCAGAGCAACCGGCCGCGAAGAAGAGUCCGGUGUUGAAGCGACCUGCAGCAGUGAAGUCGAAAGCUCGCAAGCAGGGCAGGGAUGCCGCUGAUGGCACUGAUGCCAGAGAUGAUGCCAGCGUGGAGCUCAUUAAGAAGCCAGCGGCGAAGGCCAAGCCCAAGGCCAAGGGAAAGUCCACAGAGAAGAAAAAGAAGGCUGAUCCAGCGCAGCCGAAGCCCAAGCCAAAAAGGAAGAAGGAACUCCUCCAGGACUUGUUUGACUUGGGCGACCAGGUAGUGCGAGCUCCCGAAGAAAAAGCAGGCGACGCAGAGGCUGAGGAUGGGGGUGAGGCUGGCCGUGACCGGUCAAAGGCGCAGAAGUUCAAGAAGAUGCUGGCCGAGGACAAGACCAAGCUGAUCAACACCCUCUUUGUGAAAGAAGGUGGGGCGCUGAAGCUUCGGCCGGAGAAGUUGACCUUCAGCACGCAAAAGCAGCUGGAGACCGUGGACUCGAAGGCGGAGAAGGAGAAGGGCGUCGGCAAGAACUUGUUCAUGUCCAAGUGGCAGAUCAAGGAUGACGCAACCCUGGUUUCGGGCGAGGUGGUGAAGCUUCAGGAGGGCGGCAAAGAGUACUACGCUGCGGCUCAGAUUGAGCGUGAAAGAAAGAUUUCUAAGAAGAGCAACGAACAGAUUGAGGGGCAGGCCGUCAAGUUCGAUGAGGACCAGUCCAAGGAGGUGAAGAAGCUCUGGUCAAAAAUGACGCCGGAGUUUGCGGAGGGUAGACGACUGCCGGAUCCCGGAGUUGGUUCGGAUAUGGUCCCGCCGUCAGUGCUCUCUGGACAAAAUAGUGGUCGUUUUCCCACAUCGCGCUGUAGACCUGCCACGCUGGCCUUGCAGGCGGUGAGCUUUGACAUGAUGGAAUCCCACUCCUUUGGCGAGAGCUCAGUCUCAACGUCAGACAACGCCAGCCAGCCUGCGCAUCGCGGAUGGGGCAAUGCACAAAAAGCGGAG